UCAGGGUCCAAAAUAAUAUUUACCCAUAUUAAUACCCCCAUUAAAACUCCACCAUCACCUUCAAUGAAAAUUUUGUAUAAAUAGAGACACAAAGCAAACUAGAAAGAACACAAAAUACAAUUUGGUCUCUUUAUAAUUUUGACAUAUUUUUCUUCAUCUCUCUCUACCAACCACCAUGACCAGAAAGAAAGUAAAUUUGGAGUACAUCACUGAUGACUCCUCUCGAAAAACCACUUUCAGGAAGAGAAAGAAUGGUAUGCUAAAACAAGUUGUUGAGCUAAGCACAUUGUGUGAUGUCGACGUAUGUGCAAUCGUCUAUGGCCCAAAUGGUGGUGAGCCAGAAGUGUUUCCAUCGACAGAAAAGGCUCAUUGUGUGUUAACAAGGUUCAAGUGUAUGCCAGAGAUCGAGCGAAGUAAGAAUAUGUUGAACCAAGAAAAGUACCUAAGGAAUAAGAUUGAGAAGGUGAAAGAGCAAGUGAGAAAAUUAAAAAGAGACAAUCGUGAGAAAGAGUUGAUCCAAAUCAUGUAUGCCAAUCUUGUAGGUAACACUAACCUUCAAGGCUUGAGUGUCAUGGAUUUGAAUGAUCUCACUAGGCUCAUUGACCAAAGUAUUGGAGAAAUCAACAAAAAGAUUGAUGAAAUAGCCAAUACCAUGUCUACUCAGAUGUCUGAAACAACAACAUCAUCACCUAUAAUAACUCCAGACCUAAUUGAAAAUCUUGUUGGAGACCGAAAUACUUCUAUAUUAGAUGUUGUUGCGACUAACUUUGAUAACAAUGGUGGCAAUAAUCUUGCUCUGAGUCUUUAAUGGGCGACAGAAGCAAAAUUGGCCAACCCUACAUAAUAAUAAUCCUAGGAUUAUUUGUGUUUUGGAGUUGUUCCUUCUAGUUGGUUAUGUUCUUAUUCAUGUUUGUGUUUUUCUUUAAUUUCAUAUUUUCAAUUAAGUGUUGAGUCUUUAUGUAAUUUCUUGUUGGUUGUUGUUCUUAACUUAAUUUAAUCUAAAAUUGGAGUUUUGUGUUUAAGAAAGUGGAAUUUUUUUUAUCUUUUAAUGAUUUCAUAGGUGCUUA